AAAAAAAAAAGAUGCAACUUCAAUUUGAAAACAAAACCAAAUUCAACCGUAGCAAAAUACAAAUUUUCAAAUCAACAGACUCCCCUUUUCACUUCCUGCAAACCUGUGAAAAACCCCAAUUGGCGAAGAUUUUCCGCAAUUGGGAUUUGUAUCAGAAUGGCAUCCAAGCAAAUGGAAGAAGUCCAGAAGAAAUUAGCGAUGUUGAAUUACCCGAGAGCAAAUGCCCCUUCCCAGUCGCUGCUCUUCGCCGGCAUGGAACGCUAUGCUCUUCUCGAAUGGCUCUUCUUCAAAUUAUUGGGUGAUAAGUCGCCGUUUUCGCAGCAGAAUCUACAAGGGGAUGCUGUGGAUCGAGACGAAGAAACCUCCAGGAUACAAUAUUUGGCAGAGAUCGCAAAAUUUCUGGGUAUUACCACUACUAUAGACACUGAAGCCAUUCAAGGUCGUGGAAGUUAUGAAGAUCGUACUGAAAUGCUGCGUCUUAUCGUAGAUCUCGUGGAGGCAAGCAUGUAUGCUGAUAAUCCUGAGUGGAGUGUAGAUGAGCAAGUCGCUAGAGACAUACAACUAAUAGAUGCCAUAGCUGAGAAACAGGCUCAAAUUUUUUCCGAAGAAUGCAAGUUGUUUCCUGCAGAUGUGCAAAUACAAUCCAUAUAUCCGUUGCCAGAUAUAUCUGAUUUGGAAAAACAACUUUCAGAUCAAUCAAACAGGCUUCUGAACCUUCAAGAGAUGGUUGAUGAUCUAGCUUCAAAGCAUCCAUAUAAUCCUGAUGAGGACUAUGUUGAGGUUGAAGCAAAAUUACGGGCGCAUCUGGAAUCUUUUCUUGAAACUGCAAGAUCUUUUAAUACCAUUUACACCAAGGAAAUACGUCCGUGGACACAUAUGAUGGAGGUUCCACAACUUCAUGGUUUUGGACCAGCUGCAAAUAGAUUGUUAGAAGCAUACAAGAUGCUUCUGAAGUUUCUAGGGAACUUGAAGAACCUUCGGGAUUCGCAUGCAGCAGUAGCGGUUGGGUCUUCUGAGACAGUGGCAGGCGAGCCAUCUUCAGUUAUGAGAAUAAUUUCAGAGUGUGAGACUGCUUUGACAUUCUUGAACCGGGAUCUGGGAAUUCUUUCUGCAUCUAUUGCACGGGAAAAGGGUGAAGAGGCAUCUUUGUAAUUACAUGUUGUCAAGAGAUUCAAAGCUGAAGGGAAGAACAACCUCUUCGGUUAUAAUUGAGUGGGUCAAUGUUUUUAAUGCACAUUUCAUUCUUUAUUUACCUCAAAUCAUUGUCUUCAGGUGUGUAUCAUGAGAUUUGAUGUCUGUUGCUGUAUUGGAAAAAUUGAUAAAUUCCAUGCUGAAACAUUUGUGGUUGACUAAUGCAAUGAAUGAAAGUAU